AUGCUUAGGGUGGCUACUAGAAACUCUUCUAGAGUGAUAUUUCAACGUUCAGUGAAUAUAACCAUCAGAUUACAAUCUAACUUUUUCAGCACUAGUAUUAUAAAAUCAGCUAGAGAAGGUACUCUUAAUUCAUUUAUUCCUGAUGUUAAACCUUUAGGUCAAGAUAAUACUAUAGAAUCCAAUGUUCCAAGUGAAACUAAUCGAUUAUCUAGAACCUUAACUAAAUUCUGGGAAAAAGUUCAUGUUAAAUAUGAUGAUAAAUUACAUCAAUAUGAUGUUCAAUUAGAUGGUAAGACUUUAAAAACUCCAUUAGGAUUUCCAUUAUCGUUACCGGAAUCAAAGAGACAUUUGGCUAAUUUAAUAGCUCAUGAAUGGGCCAAUUUACCUGAUUUGAAAGUUAAGACUCACUCCUUACCAUUAACAUCUAUUGCUGCUCGUUCGAUUGAUUUAACCAUGAUAAAUAAUCAAGAUUCAGUUAAUAAUGAAAUGAUUGCAAAAGUUGGAAAUUUAGAGGAUAUAAAACUUAAUUUAUUAAGAUAUUUUGAUACUGAUACUUGUCUUAUUUUCACUACUCAUGAUGAAUAUAAAGGUACCUUAAGAAAAAAGCAAGAUGAAUUAUAUUUACCAUUAAUUAAAGAAUAUGAAGAUUUCUUUACCGUUUAUGCUAAAAGAGAAGGUAAUUUAUUACCUUCUGAUGAUAGUAAGAUUGAAUUGGAAUAUUUGGAUUGUAUAACCGAUGGAUUAAGAGGUAAUAAACAAUCAAUAACUACUCAAAAUGUGGUAUUACAUUGGUUAAAUAACUUACCAAUCUAUGAUUUAAUUGCAUUGGAAAGAGCUAUUUUAACUUCAAAAUCAUUUUUAUGUGGUAUAACUUUAUUAAGGUCAAAUGUAACGGAUAAACAUAAUUUACAACACUUAUAUCAAGUCAAUAGAUCUAAUCCUGAUGAUUAUUAUCAUAAAUCAAUCGAUGAAAUCAUAGAAUUAGGUAAUUUAGAAACCAUUUAUCAAACUGCUGAAUGGGGUGAAGUUGAAGAUACCCAUGAUGUUGAUAAGGUGGAUUGGAUUAGAAAUUUAACCAGUGCAGCCAUCCUCUGUCAUUAG